AUGCGUAUUCAUUGGAUUACAAUAAAUCUACAAGAACAAUUAGAGACACGUUUAAAAGAGAGUUUUGCAGUUUGUCAUUUAACAAGCAUUGAUACAAAUGUCGAUUGUACAAUAUCGAAACAUUCCAUUGAACAAUUAAGACAAAUUAUUUCAAUAUAUUUAUCUAUUGAUAAAUUAUCUGAUUUAAUGAUGUUAUAUCGUAAAUUUGUACUACAUGAUCAACUUAGUCAGAUAUUUAUCCCACGACCUGAAUUGACUCAUUCAGGUUCUGAUAAGGAAAUAGCUGCUGAAACUUUGAACUCAAUGUACAGCAAAGCAUUGAAGAUUCUUGAUGCACAACUUUAUCAUGUAAAAGAACAGAUUAUUAGAUGUUCACCUGAAAGCUCAGAACCUUUAUCAGAUUUUGAUUGUUUAGUCGGUGGAUUUUGGCCUGAAACAAUCGAUCUUAUUUGUAAUAAUCUACCGGAAAUAUUUUCUCCAGGUCAUCCAGACAGAUUUUAUUCAUUAUAUACUGUAAGUAUGAAUUUUAUUGAAGCGGUUGAAACAAAAACCUGGUCAACUAAACAACUUGUCAAUUUACGUAAUCAUCCAUCUUAUUCAAUGUUUAUAAAUAAAUGGAGUCUACCAGUGUACUUUCAAAUCAGAUUCCAAGAAAUAGCCGCAAAUGUUGAAAAUACUAUGAAGAAGGGUUUGAUAAAGAUUGAAGAAAGUCGAAACUCUUGUUUAAUUGAAGUUACCGAAGUAGUUAUCUGUCAAUUGAAUCGUUGUUGGGAAAAAGGAAUUUACGUAGAUAAGUUAAUGCAUAGAUUUUGGAAAUUAACUCUGCAAAUAUUAAGUCGUUUUUCAAGUUUUAUUGAUGAACAAAUAAAAUCUGCUCAAGAGAACAAGGCUAAUACUUCUACUACUACUACUACCACAAGUCCAACGUCUGAUUCAACUUUACCAACAAGAUCAACCGAUUACUUUCCUGAAUUGUUAAUCUACUUUUUUGUUGAUUGUUUUCGAUUGGUCGAUUAUGUUCGUUUAGAAUUGAAAGAGCAAAUUUUCACUUGUCUUAAGCAACGCCUCACAACACAGACGAUGAAUAAUGAUGACAGUGUAAACUAUGAAACUACAUUAAAUGAGUGUUUGGAGCAAUCAUGUGAACGUCUAAUUAAAUCGAUCGAUUCGAUAAUGGAUCUUAUCAUUCAAAAAAUUCAACAAAUUUGUUCGAAUAGUAUUCGUCAAGUACUGGAUAUACCACGUCAAUACCGUUGGACUAAUCGAGACUUUCCUUCGCAUGCAUCUUCAUAUGUAUCAAAUAUUAUAAAUCCUUUAAUGAAACUCAAUAGUUUAGGCUCAUGUUUAUCUCAGUCGAUUCCUAAUGCACAACCAGCUUUAUGUACAUUAAUACAGAAAUGUGUCACAAAAGUUACGCAUGACUAUACAGUUCAACUAUCUGAAGUAUCAACAUCAGUAAGAAAAAUGGAAGAUAGCUUACGACGAUUACGCAAUGUUAGACAUGGUAGUUCACAAAUUUCCAACCAAUCUCAAUCUGUUAACGAUAGUGGUAAAUUUCACUCAGAUGAUAAAAUUCGUCACCAAUUGUACUUGGAUGCUAAAGCAUAUAGUGAUCAGGUAAAGAAUUUUUGGAGUUUAGAUCGUGAAUGUACCUGUGAAUUGGAUGAUUUUAUGGGACAAAUAGACACAACUCGAACAGAAGCAAAUGUUUGUAAUAUGAAUACUAUCCUAACAGUUAGUCAAGAGUGA